AUGUUCUCACGCCCCCAACACAACUUCUUUAAGGGAUCAAAUUACUUUGAAAUUGACCUUGAUAUUCAUCGAUUUAGUUACAUAGCAAGAAAAGGAUUGGAUGCAUUUCGUGAACGUCUAAAACACGGGAUUAUGAAUCUCGGCUUAACAAUUCAGGCUCAAAAACCAGAAGAAUUACCUGAGAAAAUUCUUUGCUGUUUGAGAUUAAACAAGAUUGACUUUGUCAAUCAAGGAUCAUUUUCAUUUUAUAAACUAUUGUUUUUAGUUUCAUUUUGUAUUCUGAUGGUGAUGCUUACUGUGUAUGCGUUCUUAUACGGGAGAUUAUAUCUCUGUUUAAGUGGAUUAGAAAAAGCGAUUAUGAAAUCAGCAAAGAUGCAAGGAGAUAAAGCUUUGAAAGCAGCCAUGGCUUCUCAAUCUGUAGUUCAACUUGGUCUUUUAAUGGCGUUACCGAUGAUUAUGGAGAUCGAACUCGAAAGAGGCUUCAGAACUGCACUCGGUGACCUAAUAAUCAUGAACCUCCAGCUCUCCGCUGUCUUCUUCACCUUCUCUCUUGGCACCAAACUUCACUAUUUCGGUCGCACAAUUCUCCACGGCGGCGCCAAAUACAGAGCCACCUAA